AUGUACAAGACUGUGAUCACUGUGUUGUCCGUCUUCCUGCUGGUGGCCCUUGUUAUGGCCAACCCCGGACCUGAACCUGGCUUCCUUGGUGGCUACGGCGGAUAUGGAGGCGGAUAUGGAGGCUAUGGUGGCUCCGGCGGAUAUGGAGGCUAUGGGGGCUACGGCGGUGGUUAUGGUGGAUACGAAAGCUUUGGUGGAGGUCAUGGUGGCUAUGGAGGUGAAUAUGGAUAUGGAAGUCGUGGAUUUGGCUUCGGUCGUUACGGUGGCUACGGAUUUGGACGCUAA